UUUCUUAUGUUUAUUAAUAUAUUAUCAAAAGACUUGACAGUCUUUCUUGGACAGUCUUUCUUGGACUUUCUGCUUAUUAUUGAUUGGCUCAAAUUGGUUAGAAUGGCACAAAAUGGCCCUGAAAUAUGCAGAUUUUUUAUUUUUACACUCAUUUUCACUCAAUUAAUGACACAUGUAUUUUUUUUAAGUGACUUCAUGACUCAAUAUUUGUGAGCUGCACUGCACCAUUCUCUAUCUAAUCACUUACUACUACUUUAAAAUUUCUAGAAGAAGAAGAUGAAGAAGAAAGAAGGACAAGAGACAACAUCUUCAAUUUUCUAUUUUAUCUCCUGUCCUCUAAACUAGUCUAAACUCCAAACUUUAACUUUUUCAUUCAGUGACUUAAGAAAGCACUCUAAUUUACACUUAAUUAAUCACUCUUAAUUGUUCUGUUGAAGUUUAACAGUUGUUUUCAUGGUGUUGUAUGGAAUUCAGUGUUUUUUUGGAUGUCAGAGCCAGGUAUGGGAGAUAAGGGCAGGGUCUCUGUGACUCCUGCAGGGCACUUUGCUGUUCUCACAGUUUAGUGGAAGGCAGAACAUUUCCCUGAAGAACCUGCACGCUGAGCUUGCUCAUCCUGGCACUCACGAGUCACCUACAGAAGGCACCACAUGAAGAGGUUCUGGGUGAGCUGAGAGCCUGAAAGUCACAGCCUCUGGAUUUAAAUGAAACUUUUCAUUAGAAAAGCCUCACAAAAUGAGCAUCUGGGAUUUUCUCAAUUAGUAAAACAGAAAAACACGAAGAUCUGUACAUAACAUCACUCUUCAGCAGCUGGUAACAGCAAUUCCUUCCUCUCUAGGCACCAAAAUGGCAUUUUCAUGGAUCGUGCCCUCAGCAAUUUGGUUGGUGCUGCACUUCACAGCAGAAUCCUGCAGGAGAGGGGCUGUGAGUGCCCCCAGAGCCUCAGGGGUGUGCGCCAAGGGGACGGUGACAGCCAGCAGUGGCCAGGCCGUGCCGCCUGGCACCAACAUCACCGUGUCCUGCAGGCUGGCAGCUCCUCCAGGAGCCUCCUGGUGCCGGGCAGCGAUCUUCCUCAACAGCUCCGAGCAAAUCCGAGGGCAGGGAGGCUCCGCCAGCAGCACCUUCCUGCUCAGCAGCCACGGCAAACACACCUUCACGUGCAAAACCAUCUGUGGAGACAGGGCAAAACUCGUCUGUGGGAUCGAUAUCCGGGCUGGGAGCCCUCCAGACGAGCCCAGGAACGUGUCCUGUAUCCAGUUUGGGACACGGGGCCGUCCCACCUGCACCUGGCACAAAGGAAGGCUCACCUACCUCGACACUGCCUAUGGAAUAGAGCUCUCCAAUGGGACUGACACCUUCUGCUUUCCAGAAGAAACUCCCAGCCCAGUGUUUGGCUCUGGGACUCUGAGCAAGCUGGAUUUUAACUCCAAUUACACCGUGGUGGUUUCUGCCUCCAAUCAAUUAGGAAAUGCCUCUUCCCAGCCACUCACCUUCAUGUUGGUAGACAUAGUGAAGCCACAUCCUCCUGACUUUUUGGUGGAAUUUGAUGAUUCUUCUGCCACCAGCUGCAGCCUUUCCUGGCACCAUGAGGCACAAGCACAGCACUACAGGCUGAGGUAUCGCCCCCUCAGCAGCAGCACCUGGAGCACGGUGGAAAUCUUCAGCAGGGAGAAAUAUCAUCUCCAGGGGCUGGAGCCUGACACAGCCUACGAGUUCCAGGUGAGCUGCAGGAUCCUGCCUGGCCGGGGGCUGUGGAGUGACUGGAGCAGCACCCAGAGCCAAACUCCAGCAGCAGGUAAGGAAUGAACCCUCCUGCCCUAAACCCAGCUCUGCAUCCCACGGGAAACUCCAGCUCAGCAGGCUCAAAGUGCUGCUGCCUUGUUUUGUGCCGACCCUAGAUCUGAGAGAGGUUUCUGUAAGAAAAUUGCAAUUUUUUAGUGAACAAACGGGGAAGCUGUUGGUGUUUCUCUCGAAACAGGAAUUUCCAGAGUUCACUGAGAGCAGCUGAA